AUGGCGCCCCCUCGCAGAAAAGUCCUUGCGACUGCUGAAGGAACCAUGUUUCCCCCCGACGAGCUGUCGAGUACGCAGCAGAUCGUUCGAGCAGUCAAAGCGACUGGCAACAACAUCUACUUGAUCGAGCAAGCCGACAAGACUCAGAUGCUCGUGGAGUUGCCCGCCAAAUUCCGCUCAACCUUCUGGAUCAAACGUGGAUCCUACGUCGUGAUUGACACCGAACCGCAAGAGGAGCGCGACAACAAGAUCAAGGGAGAAAUCAUCAACAUUGUUCGCGACGAGAAGGCGUGGAGAAAGGCUCCCUUCUGGCCGAAAGAAUUCGCCAAGCAACCUGCCGUUGUUGUUGAUUCGGACUCUGAUGAAGAAGAGUCAAGAGUUGGAAAAAUGCCAUCUUCCGAUGAAUCAGACGCGUAA